UUGGUCUGUGGUCAAAGUUAAGACUUGUUCCUUGUUACUAUUCCGUAUUUAUUUAUUUUGUGUUUAUUAUUAAUUUUUAAGGUUAUCAGUAAAUCAUAAACUAAUAAACUGAGUAGCGAUAACAGUUAACAUAGCUAUUGUGUUUGCCAAAGAAUUAUAAGACUUCUAGAUUAAGAUUUCUAGUCAAAAUGACGGAGUUUGGCCCGGAGCAUCCAAGAAACCUAAUACCGGAGCUAUGCAAUCAGUUUUACCACUUGGGAUGGGUCACGGGGACAGGCGGGGGGAUUUCUAUCAAGGAAGGCAACAAAAUCUACAUUGCACCAUCUGGGGUCCAAAAAGAGAGAAUGAAGCCAGAUGAUUUGUUUGUGCAGAAUAUAAAUGAUGAGGAUUUGGAACUGCCACUGCCAGAAAAGAAGUUAAAGAAAAGUCAGUGCACACCGCUAUUCAUGUUAGCAUAUAGAGAAAGGAAUGCAGGUGCAGUCAUACACACACACUCCCCACAUGCUGUGAGGUGCACUUUACUUUAUGAUAAGGAGUUUGUUAUCACACACCAGGAAAUGAUCAAGGGUAUCAAAGAUGCCUCCCUCGGCCGCUACCUCAGAUACGACGAGAAACUAAUAGUUCCUAUAAUAGAAAACACACCUUUUGAAAAGGACCUCGCGGGCAGUCUGGCUGAGGCCCUACAAGCAUACCCGGGAACUAGUGCAGUGCUGGUUAGAAGGCACGGUGUAUAUGUGUGGGGAGAUAGUUGGCAACAGGCGAAAACUAUGACGGAAUGCUACGACUACCUAUUCGAAAUGGCGGUAGAAAUGAAGAAAUUAGGACUCGAUCCCGCUUACAAUCCUGAAACUACGCCGAACGGAAAUAAUUAAGACGAAAAAACAACCGGAAAAAGUUGCCAUAAAAACAUUACCUUAUUAUGUAGUCAGGUGAAAUUUAAAUAUCGUUUAUAUCCUAAGAACUAGCUCAGACGGCCGAUUUUUGUCUAAUACUAAUUUUUUCUUUGAGAAGCGAUGUGCUGUUUUUGUGCCGAAUCAAAGCUCACUGUCGAUUAUACAACACACUGCUCGUGUGACGUACACAGGGUUUCGAGUCUACACCCUAGGGUGGCUGUUUUAGGGCGCAUAAACGGAAUAAGUCAUCGCGAAACCUUACGUUCAGUGUGACAAGGUCUUUAUACUUGAAUAAGCUAAAGUGAAUAUAUUUUUAUACAAAGUAAUAUUUUUUUAAACGUUUAAAUAAAAAACUCAUAGAUAA